CCAAAGCGUAUUUUUUCCAAUAAAAUUUUAGUUCCAUUUCAAAAUUAAAAAUAAAAUAAGUUUAAACAUGUGAGAAGAAAAGACAGCAGCCGAAAUAUUAUAGUAUAUAUUACAAAAAUAAAAGUAAUACCUUCAAAAUGACGAACCCGAAAGAUGAUCCUGAAUAUGAUGAGUUCUGUGACCCAGACAAUCCACGCAAAAUAAAGUUUGAAGACAUAUUAGCUGCAUCGCGGCGUGUCGUUGGCCAAGUUAUUAAGACACCAUGCGCGAAAGCCCACAUGUCGAAGCGACUCGGUAUGGAUCUUUAUCUGAAGGAGGAAUUCUUACAAGUAACAGGAUGUUUCAAAGAACGCGGAGUGGCCAACACAUUAUUAUUGCUAUCUGAGGAACAAAAGAAAUAUGGUGUAAUUGCCGCCAGUACAGGGAAUCACGCAUGCGCUCUGGCCUAUCACUCUUCUCAGAUGGGUAUACCGAACAUAGUAGUCAUGCCAAUACAUGCUCCUAUCACUAAAAUCAAUAAAGCAGAAAGGCUGGGUGGAAAGAUCCUAUUGCAAGGUAACAAUAUGGCAGAAGCCAAACUUUUUGCUAUGACCACUUCGAAGGAGAAAAAGAUGAUAUACAUAAAUGGUUACGAUCAUCCAAAUGUGAUAGAGGGCCAAGGAACUGUCGGUUUAGAGAUAGUAGAACAAGUGCCAAAUGUGGAUGCAGUUCUGUGCCCAUGUGGAGGUGGCAGUCUGUUAGCUGGUGUCGCCGUAGCUGUUAAGCAUCUCAAGCCUGACACUGAAGUUUAUGGCAUUGUAACAGACAAGACAUAUAGUAUGGUAGAAGCACUAAGAAAGAAUGAACGAAUAUUUCUUGCCUUAGAGCCGUCCAUCGCUGACGGAUUAGCCGUGAAUAAAGUAGGAGUUAAUACCUUCCACAACGUCAAAGGAAUCCUUGAUAAAAUGGUAGUGGUAAGAGAAGAUUGGGUGGCUCGUGCCAUUAUGACCAUCAUUGAAGAAGAAAAGGUUGUAGUAGAAGGUGCUGGUGCUGUCGGUGUAGCGUCUAUCAUGGCUGGCCUGUUCCCUAACCUAAAAGGCAAAAGAGUGGUAACAAUAUGCUCUGGAGGUAACAUAGAUUCAACUACACUGACCCGUGCUCUGGAACGGGGCAUGGCAGCGGACGGUCGGCUGAUGAAGUUCAAGGUGACCGUGUCGGACCGACCCGGCGGACUCGCGGACCUCUGCAGCAUGCUCGCUGGCAUGGGCGUCACCAUGCGAGACUGUGUGCCUGAAAGAGCUUGGGUCAAAGGCGAUGUAUUUAGUGUACAAAUGAAAGUGAUUGUCGAAACCAGAGGCUACGACCAUUCCAGACAGUUGGUGGAACUAAUCAAGAAACACUAUAAAGACUAUUACUUCCAAGAAAUGAACGAAAAAUCUGAAAAGACUGCGGGUGUCAAGCGCGGCCCCUGCCUCGCACCCAACCCUGUGUGCAUGCAGAAAUAGACUCUCUUCCUCUAUUGUACCAUUCCUAUCGCGUCUCAUUUCAAAAUACUACUUGUGAACUCCUUUCUGUGUUUUAUUUCAUUAGUAGACGCUAUAGUCAGUCCUUCAAUUCAUUACAUCCAAUUAGUGGAUCACACUGAGUUGUUCCGAGCGGGAACCGGGAAUCCAACCAAUAUUGCGUCGCAGCCAGUUAUAUACCCAACCACUGCA